AUGUCAUUCAGAUUUGGAUCAUUCAAACACUGCAACACCAUGCGAACUUUCUCAUCUGUAUUUUCCAUGUUGGUGUUAGCGCGCGCUGUAGACAUCCCGUAUGUCGGCUUAGUACACAAACGAGUCGCCCUUCAGUCGUCUCUAAUGCAAACCUGCUGGCUGUCUAGACUUGGUGUUUUGAGAACAAUGACGUCUCGUGCGUUGAGCGUUCGUGUGGAACACGACAGCUUUGGAGCUAUUGACGUGCCCAGCGACAAAUACUAUGGAGCAAACACAGCUCGAUCACUGAAGAACUUCGCUAUUGGUGGUCCUACAGAGCGGAUGCCGAUUCCGAUUAUUCACGCAUUUGGGUAUUUGAAACGAGCAGCUGCUGAUGUGAACGUUGAGUUUGGUUUGGAUAGAGGCAAAGCUGAAGCUAUCAUGAAAGCAGCUGAUGAGGUGAGCUCUGGCAAACUUGAUGACCAUUUCCCUCUUGUCAUCUGGCAAACUGGGUCGGGAACUCAGACAAACAUGAAUGUAAAUGAAGUGAUCAGCAAUAGAGCCAUUGAAAUGUUGGGUGGCACACUAGGGAGUAAAGAGCCAGUACAUCCAAACGAUCAUGUGAAUAAGAGCCAAAGUUCUAACGACACUUUUCCAACUGCCAUGCAUAUUGCCGUUGCAAGAGAAAUAGACAGUUGUUUGAUACCUGGAUUAUCGGCACUCAGGAAAGCACUUGCAGUGAAAUUGGAGCAAUUUAAAGACAUUGUGAAGAUUGGACGAACGCAUCUUAUGGAUGCGACUCCACUGACAGUAGGACAGGAAUUUAGCGGUUAUGUGGCACAAAUGGACGGUUCCAUUGAUCGAAUUCGGUCGACUCUGCCACGCCUCUAUCAACUUGCCAUUGGUGGAACUGCUGUCGGCACCGGUCUGAACACUCGUAUCGGAUUUGCUGAAAAGAUGGCUUCCAAAGUAGCCGAAAUCACAGGCUUACCUUUUACUAGUGCUCCAAACAAAUUCGAGGCUUUGGCCAGUCACGACACGUUAGUAGAAGUUCACGGAGCUCUCAAUGCAACGGCCUGUAGUCUAAUGAAGAUUGCGAACGACAUACGUUUGCUAGGAUCGGGACCAAGGUGUGGAAUCGGAGAACUGCAUUUGCCAGAGAAUGAGCCGGGAAGCAGCAUCAUGCCGGGAAAGGUAAACCCAACUCAGUGUGAGGCUGUCACCAUGGUGGCUGCUCAAGUGAUGGGUAAUCAUGUGGCUGUGACUGUUGGAGGGAGCAACGGGCAUUUUGAGUUGAACGUAUUCAAGCCGUUAAUUGUUUCAAACGUGUUACGCUCUGUAAGGCUACUUGGAGAUUCGGCCGUUUCCUUUACAAAUAAUUGCGUCAUCGGCAUCGAGGCGAACACUAAAAGGAUUGAACAAUUACUGAAUGAGUCACUCAUGUUGGUGACAGCUCUCAAUCCUCAUGUGGGAUACGACAAGGCUACAAAGAUUGCCAAACAGGCUCAUGCCGAUGGAAUCACGCUGCGUGAAUCUGCUCGGUUGCAUGGACUGACUGAUGAACAGUUUGAUCAAUGGGUCAGACCUCAGGAUAUGCUUGGCCCAAAGUAGACUUGGACGUGACUGUAGAGAAGCAGUUCUGUGAUCUCAUGCUCAGUAUGUUUUCUCUUAUGUGUGAAAUAUCAGUCACUAUUUACUGUGCUUACUAUUCUAGAAACAUUGAAAUUGAAAUAGUUGUUUAGUUGUAGUCAGUUGGCUGCACUACUCUGUAAGUGUCAACUACAGUAGUGCUAUGCAACUGUUA